AUGUAUAUAUUUGAAGUUAGGAACUUAUUUGCACCCAUUUAUCAAACAUUAUCUCGGUCGCCUAGUAAUACGAAUCAUCAACAAUUACCACCUCGUCCAUCAUAUUCAAGACCAUUAUCCCCACAUCAGACUGAUAUUUUCAGUCCAAAUGUAUAUAAUAUCAAUCCAUCAUACCACACUACUGUCCAACCAUCAACAAUACAAUUAUCAUCCACAAAUAAUGCAAAUGCAGAUUUAUCAGUGGAAAUAAGCUGCCAAACUGAUGAAACAUUAGCAUCUGAUUUUCGCAUAUUUCAAUGGUUACAUCGUAUUCAACAUCUACAUGAACCAAUACCCUAUUAUCAAAUGUCUAUCAUCGGCGCUUCAUAUAGCUGCCCUCAAACAUCGAAAACACUCUCCGAUACAACAACCCAAACUGAUCUCACAACUACCAUCACAAACC